GUGUCUGAAGACGACACCAUUUCGGAAAUGGAACGAAAGCACGUGCAUCGUUUCUGCCACGACGCCGUUACCGGCGCAAACUGGAGACCGACCCGGUUUGCUGCGAAGGUGCCCGGUUCAUACGCGUGCUGUGUCUGCGGCAUGAUUCCGAUGCGAACGGUGCUGCUGCCGUGUUCGCACAUCCUCUGUCGAUCUUGCCAUGCCGCCAGCUCGGAAAAUGGUGCCGGGCUGUGUCCCUUGGAUAGGCAGCCAUUUGAGGAAGCGGACAGCGUCGACGUUAACUUCCCCGACAGCAAAGUGCGCAGCUUCCAGGUUUACUGCUGGAACGAAGCGCAAGGAUGCGAGUUCGUGGGCUCUAUGGAAACUAUGCUGCGGCACUACGAGCAUGAAUGCACAUUUCACGUUGUGGAAUGUUUGCGGUGCCCCGAGGCGGUGCUUCACAAGGACCUGGUUAAGCACUACGAGAACGGCUGCUUCGCCGCUUCUUCACAAGCGGCCGAAGAGAGUUCGUCUGCGGAGUCGGCAGCGGUGACGCCCGGAGACACGAGCGCCGCAAUGGAAGACCAGAGGAUGCUGUUGCAGGAUCUGCGUCGUGGCCUGUCCGCGAUUACGAACCACCUGAAUGAGGUCGCAGAACGCGCCAAGAACCACGAAGUCUGGUACAACAGCUUCAAUAGCGACUUCAGGGCGUCUAUGCUGGAAUUGAAGAGAGACAUGGCUCAAAUGUCCAACGUCGUCUCUUCGACGCCGUCGCGCGGACGGCGUGGUCGGCAAAGCAGCCCGGCAAGCGCAGACAGGGUAUCUCUGUCCUUGGAAUCGGAGAAGAUACUCGUGCUGCGAAAGUUGGAACAUUUUGCCCACAUGUCGCUCAACCAGCUGGAACUCGUGCGGCAGAUUGUCACUCAGCCUGCAUGUCACCGGCCUGUGAUCGUGGACUGCAAGCCCUCUGUGCGUGUUGAAGAGAAGUUCCGCCGCUUAAGCGGUGCAGUAUCCACGGAACAUGGCUUGGGCGAUGACGUUUCGAGGCAGAUUUACACAAUGUACUUUGAGAAUGCCGAAGGAAUUUUUUCGUGCGGGCCGACAUCGAGGAAGCUUGCUGAUGUGACUAUGUCGUGCACGAGGGACACGUAUUUCACGGUUGUCGUCUCGAAGGAAACCUUCGAAUUAGAUGACGCUGGCAUGCUCUGUGUGGAUAUUGAGUUUAACGGACUUCUUGAGCACUCUCGGUGCGUGUUGAGUGGCUGGACCGUGAAAAUUAAACAUCCCAUGAACGCCGACGGUGACCUCGAGUUGAGAGGCCCCGACGAAGGCCGCUGCGAGUGCACGCGAGCUGUGGAAAAAUCUGAGCAUAUUCACAGUUGUUUCGCUGUAAAUCUAGAUCCCGUGCGGUCUGGCGACUUCUUUAGUGACGGCUGCAUGAGGCUGGUGAUCCAGUUUGAUCAUUAGUCGCUU